AAAAAAUUGUUUGUUUGUUUAAGGCUUAAGGCCUCUUCUGCAUCUUCUUCUCCAUGCCCAGCCCACUACUCGCAGAGGUCUCGCAUAGUUCCCCAAACGAAGAACGAAGAAAACCGAAACAAACAUCAUACGUACCAGAAAUUGAACACAGAUUACAUACACACACAUGUUCUUCAUAGGGUUUCGCAGGUUGAUUCGCCAACCUUUUCAUGGCUGACAUUUUCAGAGAGGUAUUUUGUGCUAGGGCAAGUUCGGGCGUUUUCCAUUUUUAAAGGGGGCCUUGUUCUGUUCUGUUCUUCGUCAUUUUUUUUAAACCCUAGGAGAGAGAAACUGGACGGAAUUCAACUCUCUAUUCCCACCACCUUCUUGCCCUACCUUCCAAUUUGGCAACUCUGCUUUUAAUUUCAGAUGGAAGGGGAAGAUUGUAGGUGUUAGGACGGGAAUGCAUGGAUGUAGCUCAGGGUAUGCGCUCCCAGUAAAUGCUGAAGUUGAUUCCAUGGGAGGAGUUGUUGACGGAGGAGUUGGUAUUGGUUUGAAGACCUCUCCUCGUCGAGCAGCGAUUGAGAAGGCUCAAGCGGAGCUUAGGCAGGAGUAUGAUGUGCGUGAGGAAAGGAGAAGAGAAUUAGAAUUUCUUGAAAAAGGUGGCAAUCCUUUGGACUUUAAAUUUGGGACCACAGCUUCUGUUAGUGUUCAGUCUACUUCACUUACUGAUCAAAAUCCAGAACAAUUUGUGACUAGUGAAGCAAAAGGUAGUUUUGCGUUGACUGCGUCACCACAUGGAGAUUCUGUAGAUAGUAGUGGUAGGCCAGGGGUUCCUACAGUUAGUGAACCUAACACCGCUGAUAAUCUUUUACUCUUUGAUGGUGACCAUGGUUUGCCUGAAAAGGAAAGGAAUUCUUUACGUCCUAGUCGGAGGAAUAAUAUUGCCCCAUCAGAACAAUCAUCUCAAAUUGAUGGGACUCAAAAUGCCAAGGAAUCAGAAGAUUCAGCAAUUGUUCGUCCUUAUGCUCGUAGGAAUAGGUCUAGAUCGAAUCGUGAUGGUGCUCGAUCAAGUGCAGUUGAUAUGGUUCAGAAUCGGAGUGGUCAAGGAUCUGUUUUACCUGUUCGUGGAGGCUUAAGAGAUGCCAAGAGCAAGAUUGGUGAAACAAAUAAUAGAAAGGAGCAGAGUACGCCAUCUAUUUCUAGCCUUAAAUCUGCAAGUUCAAAUGGCGAUAUUAUUCCUAAAGCUGUUGUUUCCAGUAAAAAAUUGGAUACAGAAUUGGAUGGUGAGCGGGCCCCAGAGGUAAAAACUGGACUGGCUAAAGCUAGUUUGCAAGAAAUUAAAUCUGAUGUCACACUUCCCAAAAUUUCACUUGACAUCCAACACAAUCAACCUUCUCGAGCCACUGCUCAUCAAAUUCCAGCCGAAAUUGUUUCUAUGGAAUCUGAUAUUGGAGAAAGGGAACAGCGGGUUUCAGCAAGUUUGGAAUGUCCACCUUCUGUACCUACAAUAAAUACUGAACAGGAAACUACAACUAUUCAGCCGAAUGGAUUUAGUGACUUAACGAGAGAGAACAACAAUAUAUCAACUGAAGUUCAAAAUAGCAAUGCAGGAGUAGGAAUGGAAGGUUUAGAUUCUCAGUCUUCUUGGACCCAAGAUAGCGUAGGAUUAGAUGUACAUAAAGAUAGUGUUAUGUGUACCAAUACUGAUGUUAAUGGGAAAUCAAUGGGGAAUGCAUCAGUUGUUGAUGGGACAGCCAACCCGGAUGAUGCUGAAAUAGUAAUGGAUAAAAAUGAGAUGGAAACAGUGAAUGAUGAUGUAAUCAAUGAUGACCACUCUUCUAUUUGUGAAAAAGAUUCUGAUAGUGCUGCAGUCAAUAUUGAUAAAGACAGCCAAGAAAAUUUAUCUGAAUUUCCAAAUGAAGUUAAGGUUUCAGCUACGGAUGAUGUUAAAAACAGCGACACUACGUUACCAGAAGCUGAUGGAAAAGUGAGUGAAUCAUUAGAUGAUAAAUCUGGCAUCCAAAAGGAGAGCUCUACAGUAAUUUGCGAGGUCCCCUUAGUUUUCUCUAUGCAUGAACAGCCUGGUACUGCCUUAUCGGAGAUGGAUUCUAGUGUAGCAAUUGGUCCUCAAACAACUCCUGUUAACAGCUUGAAAGUUCCGGACAAGGCACAUGAAGAUUCUAUUUUGGAAGAGGCUCGAAUUAUAGAGGCCAAGCGUAAGAGGAUUGCUGAAUUAUCUGUUCGUUCUAUGCCCUCGGAGAAUCGUCGAAAAGCUCAUUGGGAUUUUGUCCUUGAGGAAAUGGCAUGGUUGGCCAAUGAUUUUGCGCAGGAGCGCAUUUGGAAGAUAGCGACAGCUGCACAAGUAUGUCACCGAGCUGCUUUUGCUUCUCAGUUGAGAGUUAAAGAACAACAGCAACGUUGGAGGCUAAAAGAAGUUGCUCAUGCCUUGGCAAAGACUGUCAUGCAAUUUUGGCAUUCAGCUGAGGCAAUUAUAAAAAGUGGUGACACCAGUGUUUUUUCAGAUAAGUGCGAGUAUAAAGUAGUGAAAGAUGUUUCUAAAGAGAAGAAUGAAGAAACUGACAUUGUAGAGGAGGAAUUUAAAAAAUUGGAAAAUCAAUGUUCCAGAAAGGAUGUUUCGAUUGCUUUGCAGGGUUAUGCAGUGAGAUUCUUGAAAUAUAGCAGUUCUUGUGGUCUCACACAAAAAGCAGAAGCACCAGCAACACCUGAUCGGGUAUCUGAUUUGGGCAUUCAGGAUAUGUGCUGGGAGGAUCAUCUUACAGAAGAGAAUUUGUUCUAUACAGUUCCUUCUGGUGCAAUGGAAAUUUACAGAAAAUCUAUUGAAGCUCAUCUUGUACAGUUUGAGAAAACUGGAAGUAGCAUGCAAGAAGAGGUGGAGACCUCUAUGUACGAUGCUGUAUCAGACUAUGGUUUUCAAGAGAAUGCAUAUGCUGAGGAUGAAGGAGAAACAAGCACAUAUUAUUUGCCUGGAGCUGGUGAUGGUAUCAAGUCAUCAAAACCUCCUCAGAAGAAAAAGAAAAAUGUUGUUUUAUACACGAGGUCAUAUGAACCAGGAGCUGAUUUUACUUAUGGUCAGAGCAACUCUGCAACUCAGCAGUCCAUGUUGAUGGGAAAGAGGCCUGCUAAUCUCAAUGUGGGUUCAAUUCCAACAAAACGUAUGCGCACUGCUACUAGGCAGAGGGUUAUUAGUCCUUUUGGUGCUACACCUGCUGCAAAUGUUCAGGUUCAGAUGAAGACAGAUGCUUCUAGUGGAGAUACAAAUUCUUUUCAGGAAGACCAGAAUAGUUUGCUAGGUGGGUCCCAGUUCCAGAAAAGUAUGGAAGUUGAGUCUUCUGGCAAUUUUGAUAAGAUGUUACCGUAUGACUGUGCGGAAACUUCAAUUAAACCCAAGAAGAAGAAGAAGGCAAAGCAUUUGGUGUCCGCAUAUGACCAGGGAUGGCCGCUGGAAUCUACCAUGCCUGAACAUAGGGAUCCUUCCAAAAAAAGGAUGGGAAGUAAUCAUUUUGAAUCUAAUGGCACAAGUGAUUUAUAUGCCCAACACAAUGCCAAGAAGCCAAAGAUACUGAAACAACCAAUAGAGAAUACUUUUGACAAUAUCACUACAAUGGGUGGUUCCAUUCCUUCUCCAGUGGCAUCUCAAAAUAAUAUAUCUAACGCGACUAAAAUUAUUAAAUUGAUUGGUGGCACUGGUCGGGACAGGGGCCGAAAAGCCAAAUUUCUGAAGAUGUCUGUCAUGCAGCCUGGUUCUGGAAGUCCUUGGUCACUAUUUGAAGACCAGGCACUUGUUGUUCUCGUACAUGACAUGGGCCCUAAUUGGGAGCUCAUAAGUGAUGCUAUCAACAGUACAUUGCAUUUUAAGUGUAUCUUUCGCAAGCCUAAUGAAUGCAAAGAGCGUCACAAAAUAUUAAUGGACAAGGGGUCUUGUGAUGGAGCUGACAGUGCUGAAGAUUCAGGGUCAUCUCAACCUUAUCCAUCGACAUUACCAGGCAUUCCCAAGGGCAGUGCCAGGCAGUUAUUUCAACGUUUGAAAGAGCCAAUGGAGGACGAGACCCUCAAGUCUCAUUUUGACAAAAUCAUUAAGAUUGGUCAGAAGCUGCAUUACCGCAAGGCUCAGAAUGAAAACCAGGAUUUGAAACAAAUAGCACCAGUCCACAAUUCUCAUGUAAUGGCUCUUGCCCCAAUCUGCCCAAAUAACCUUAGUGGAGGUGUUUUAACGCCCCUAGAUCUAUGUGAUACAACUUCAUCAAACCAGGAUGUUCUCCCUCUUGGAUGUCAAAGUUCUCAUUCUAGUGGUUUAGCAAUACCAAACCAGGGUGCUGUUGCUUCAUUGCUUCCCUCAUCUGGUGUAAAUUCACCCCUACAAGGAUCUUCUGGUGUAGUUCUUGGUUCUAACUUGUCAUCACCAUCUGUUGCACUUAAUUCUACUGUCAGGGAUGGUCGGUACAGCAAUUCUCCAAGAGCUUCAUCUUUACCUGUUGAAGAGCAGCAAAGAUUACAACAAUAUAAUAAUGCAAUAGCUGGUCGAAAUAUUCAGCAGUCCAGCUUGCCUGUGCCUGGUGCUCUUUCUGGAAGCGAUCGUGGAGUUCGUAUGCUAUCUGGUGGAAAUGCUAUGGGCAUAAUGUGUGGGAUGAAUAGAAGCAUGCCAAUUUCUAGGCCAGGGUAUCAGGGAAUGGCUUCACCAUCUUUGUUGAAUUCUGGGAGCAUGCUUUCUUCCAGUAUGUCCGGGAUGCCAAGCCCUGUAAAUAUGCAUUCUGGAGCUAGUUCUGGUCAAGGAAAUUCAAUGGUUAGGCCUCGUGAGGCUUUGCACAUGAUUAGGCCUGGUCACAAUGCAGAGCAUCAAAGGCAAAUGUUGGUUCCAGAGCUUCAAAUGCAGGCGGCACAAGGGAAUGGCCAAGGUAUUGCUGCCUUCAAUGGUUUGAAUCCUGCCUUUGCUAAUCAGACAAAUCCACCAACAGUUCCAUCAUAUCCUGGCCAUCCCCAACAGCAACAUCAGGUUUUGCCACAACAGUCUCAUGGACAUAGCAGUAACCCACAUCACCCUCCUAAUCAUACAGCGGGUUCACAGCAGCAAGCCUAUGCAAUCCGUCUUGCUAAAGAAAGACAUAUGCAGCAACAGCGGUAUAUGCAUCAACAACAGCAACAUCAGCAGCAACAACAGUUUGCUGCAUCAAAUCCUCUGAUGUCACAUGUCCAGUCACAGGCCCACCAUCCGGUUUCGUCAACUCUUCAAAACAGUUCCCAAAUUCAAGCACAAACUCCAUCACAACCAGUGUCGAUGUCCCCUUUAACACCAUCUUCCCCAAUGACAACCAUACCAGCACAGCAUCAGCAGAAACAUCACCUCCCCCCUCACGGGCUUAGUCGGAAUCCUGGUGCUAGUGGCUUGACUAAUCAAAUGGGAAAGCAACGGCAGCGUCAGCAACAACAGCAACAGCAGCAUCUUCAACAAGCUGGUAGGCACCACCCCCAGCAACGGCAACAUGUACAAUCACAACAGCAAGCAAAACUUUUGAAGGGAGUAGGAAGAGGUUUGGUUCAGAAUCACUCUGUGGAUCCUUCUCAUUUGAAUGGCCUUUCUAUUCCCCCAGGAAGCCAAUCUCUAGAGAAAGGAGAGCAAAUGACACAGAUAAUGCAAGGACAAAGUGUAUAUUCUGGGUCUGGACUCAAUGCAAUGCAACCACCAAAGACAAUGGUUCCUCAAUCUUCAAAUCAUCAGAAGCUCCUUGUUAGCUCGACUCUUCCUUCCACGAAGCAGCUCCAUCAAAUGCCUUCUCAUUCAGAUAAUAGCACCCAAGGCCAAGUUCCACCUGUUUCAUCAGGCCAUGCAUUAUCAACUUCCCAACAAGUUCCAGUGGCAGUUAUGGGUCCCAAUCACCAGCAGCUGCAGUCACAGUCACAGCCACACCCUCAUCAAAAGCAAGUCAAUCAAACUCAACCGAAUGUCCAUAGAAUUAUCCAACAAAAUCGUCAAGUAAAUCCUGAACUGCCAAGCAAGUCCCAAAAUGAUCAAGCUCAAGCUGAUCAGAAGCCUGUGAAUAAUAGUUCUCAGGUGGGUGCAAGCGUGGCAAAACCUCAAUCAUGUCCGGACUCAACUGCUGCAGUGCCUGUGUCUUCUGCCAUUGGUACUCAAUGGAAGUCCUCAGAACCUGCAUUUGAUUCUAAUCAUCCAAAUUCAACCGUUCAAGCAGGUUCCACUGGGAGCCCAUCUGUUUCACAUUCACUUGUAAAUGAGCCAACACCACCUACUAGUCAAGGGUUAGGUCCAAGACAGUUGUCUGGCAGCUUAUCUUCUCAUGGACAUAAUGUUGGGAGUCAGUGGCAGCAGUCCCAGCAGCAGCAGCAGCCUCCAUCGCAACCAGUACAACAGUCUCCAACACUGUCAACUGCCUCUCAGCAAUAUAUGAAACAAGAACAACAACAACAACAACAGCCAGAACAAAAGUCUUCUCAGAACCAACUGCCACUGCAACAGCAGCAGCAGCAGCAACCUCAGCAGCAAAUACAGCACCUGCAAGGGCAGGGAAGCUUAUAUUUGAGGCCUGCGAAUUCUAAACCAGAAUGAAACAACCAUAUGAACUGAGCAGUUUUGACAGCAUUCGGUGCUAACAAGGUUGGGCCUAUUUGUCCUUGGUACAGCUGUGUACAGAUGAAGCGAGUUAUUCCGCAAGGGCAUUGAUGGAUGGAGAAGCUGAUUAUUAUUUGCAGGUUUCGUUAAAAACUUAACUGGGACAUCCGAGGCUAUAUUGACAAGGGCAUUUUCUUUUUGAUUUGAAAAUCUUGUAAAUUACCACUCUAGAGCUUGGGAAGAUAGAGACUGAUAUAGAGGUAUGUGUACAGGGUCUCAUCUCUCCUUUGGUUCUACCUUAUUCACUUUUCUCCGGUCUCUCUGCCCUUAUGCAGUUGGGAGACCGCUUUUAUUAUUUUUUCUUCUUCUUUUUCCUUCUUUGGGUAGAUUAGAGGAUGUAUUAUUACCCUGUCGGUUCGGUUCGAGGGGAAGGGGGUAGCAAUCAUUUUUAUGGCAAAAAAGCCUCUGCAAAUUUUGUGAAUAUUGGGUUUCUGGUGUAUACACUGGUUAUGGUUAAUGUUGUUAGAACAGUCGAAAUCUCUCUCAAUGCCAUGAGCUUUUGUGGAAUCAUUGUAAUCUGUAACGGAUUUCUCAGUUCCUAUAAUGCAAAAAAAGCCUUGGUAGCUAA